CUUUGCUUCUUAGUUGAUAACCUUUAUGCAUGUAGGUACAGCUCCCUUUUAUAUUCUCAAAAGCGUGAUAAGAUAGCAAAUAAUUCAUCUUACUUGCUUCUUUCGCUCAGAUAUGGAGGCAGUAACAUCUACCUUACAACAUUCGCACGGCCCUCGAGGGCCAAACCCACAGAAUGCAGCUCAGCCAUGCCAGGGGUCCCAACAGCCGGCUCCAGGGGCUCCACGUCCUGAGGACCAGCACCACAAACCUUUCUUCUACAUACAGCCAUCGCAGCCAUACAUGCCCAUGCAGAAUCUGCAGUGGCCUUUACCGGUGCCCAUGCCCAUGUCCUACAAUCCAUACUAUGGCUACCCAGGUUUAGGUUAUGGGAUGCCCAUGAUGCCACACUAUCAACCUAACCCAUACAUGGAGCCACCUGGUUUUGUUCUCCCACAUACCCACCUCCACCUGAUGGACUACAGGCGCAUGCUCAACCCCCAGUAUUAUCAGACCAUGGCCUACCAUGCCCGCAGGUUCCGCUACCAACAGAACUCCCCGACCAGAGAAAUGACCAGUUCUGAGGUUCAAACUGAGUCACUUUCAGUGACCCAGACCUCCAAUGCCCCAAGUUCCAGAGACAUUGAGUCCUCCAGUGUCCUCCCAGUUUGUAGCAGCAGCAACACCAGUGUCUCCAGUAGUCAGGUGCUCUCACCAGCCUUGGCUAUGCAAAAUUCUCCAGAGUGCACGGACAUGGUGCCUUCCUCCAUCAGGAUGCCAUCAAACAGCAGCUUUGUGAUUCAAACUGAAGAGGUUAGGAUUGAAUGCUGCACUACACCUGUGGGACUACAGCUGCUGCAUUCUCAUGAGGCUGCAGAAGUAUCCCAUAACUUUUCCCAAGACAUGGUCCAAUGUAGUUCCAUUCUCCAGGGUCAUGUCCUGCAGGAUGAGGGGCUCUGCCUCCCUCCUGAUGAGUCAGAGCAGGCACUCCAGGUUUGUCCUGAUAUCCUGUUAGUUAGAACGCCCAGCACAGGUGAGAAUAUCCCUACUCCAGAUAAGUCUGGGAGCCAGAUGGUCCCUGUCAUUUCCAGUUUAGGAUCUCAAGAAGCAAUUUGUGGGGAAGCUGAAGCUAAAAGUGAGCGAGAGCAGAGUAUGACUAAGAAUACCCAACUCAAAGUGGCUCACCUGCCAUUUGAUACCAACUACCUGGAUGAGCUGAGGAAGAUGGAGUCUUCUGUUUGGUCAGUGGAGGAGACUUUGGUCCCUUCCCCUGAGUCAUUAAUCCAAAAUGGCCCCGCAGAGUCUCUCGAGGAAACGUUGAGUACUGCAGCUGAAGUGGCUUCAACAGAGAUGUUGCUGGAAGAGGAGCCACCUACAGAAGAUACCCCAGCUGUGUUUAAGAUGCCUCCCUUGGAAGAUGACCUGGAAGGAAUAGUCCCCACUGUGGAGGAUGUGGGUGAUGAAAUGGUGGCUGAAGCUGAAAUAUGGCCUAUGAUGGAUGAACCUGUUUCAGAAGAAACUGCUAAACCAAAACUGAUGCACACAGAAGAGGUGGCUCUUGCAUCCAAUAUGCAGCAGUUGAAUUCCCCUCUUAAGGCAGAUCGAAGCCAAAGCAGAGCAGAAACCAGUGUCCAGGAUUGCCAGGACACAUCCUUCGAAUCAUUACCUGCCUACCUCCCCUCAACUAACUGGCUAGCUGAUUUUGAUAAUCUCUACUACAGCAACAAGUUGUCACAAGCUCCCAAGAAGCAGACCAGACCUCUGAGCAAUCAGGGUUUGGAUGUGCCUACUCGAAGAAGAAAACUAGACCUUGAGUACAAGGAGCUAAAUAUCCGCAAGCCAAAGGAGAAGUACAAACCCAAAGGCAAAGUGGAUCGACAAUGCCUUUCUGACCAUGAAUGCUGUCUUGGCAGGAACUUCAGCGAGAAUGUUGUCAGCCCUUAUGUGCCCAAGAGGGAAAGACUUUGCUCCAGAUGUCUGGCGAAACAUAAAAUUAGUAUGCCUGCCAGCCCUGGACUCGAGGGUCGCAGCUUAAAAAGAAAAGCCGUUCCCUUCCAGCAGUGGAACGACGCCCUCUUAACAACAUGUGAUGCAUGUAAAUCUCACACAAAGAGGCGGAUAAGGAAAGAUUCUAACCCUGAUCUUCGUAGUCCUCAUCGAGGGCACGACACUGAAGGAGAAUCCUCUGAAAACAGCUUGUGUCGCACAGGUCAAAGGUGGAGGCCAGGUGAUGAUCUAAGGAAGCUUAGAGACUUCAAGAGGCCACUGGGAUGUAAGCAGAAUCUGGAAAAAAGUCCUGCAGCAAUGCACCCAAAGCUGAGGGAGAAGAACUGUGUGUGCAAUGAGCUGCAGCAUCAGCCUGCUGCUUGGGAGAGGUUGCGCCACUGUCCCCACGGGAAUGCCAUCCGAGAAAUUGAUGAGAACUCUGCCGUGCCUCUUCAGGACAAAUGGAGGAAUGUGGACCAGGUAUACCUGACGCACAGGUGGCAAACUGAGAAGUCAUCGACGCCCAAAAGUGACACCAGUGGCUCCAAGAAUGAAGCUAGAUCACAACACUCGAACACACACGAGAAAUCACAAUCACAAGGAACUCGAAUGAGAGACACACGAUGCUGAUUUGCACAAAGAGCACAAUCUCACAAAGUGAAAAAGCAGUGUUUUUAAAAAAAAUGUACACUUAAUUUAAAUGUUUUCCCACUU